ACAGGGGUCUGGAUUUUGGCUCCCCAUAUGAGGAAUUGACACAUUGAGGGCUUGAAAAGUUAACUGACUCCAAGGCUGAAUGAGCAUGAGAACUGGAAUACCAAUGUUAAGGCAUAACUGAUGUACAACAAGUAACUGGAUUUCUGUGCUGCUGUUAUACGUGGAGUUGAGUCGGGAGCCAAAAUAAUAAAAAGGAAGUUUCCACUGAGUUUGUUCAGGCUUUGGUUGCAUAAAAAAGUCUACAAAAUGCACUUCCUCUCCUGGAAAGCCAGAUUAAAACUUUCAGAAUGACCAUGACAUUUUAGAUUUCAACACAGGUUUAUAUACACUGUUCCUCAUAAUAUCAGACAUUUCUCUAACAGCAGCUGUCAUGGACCAGUUGGAGAGUGAAAAGCAGACAAUUCUGAGUUACACCCUUGAGCAAAGCCAUGGUUACACACGUAUUUUGGUGCAGCUUUUUGGGUCAACAGGACAUGGCAAGUCCUCGCUCAUUAACUCCUUCAUCUAUGCCCUGAAUGGGGGCAAGUUUCAAAUGGCCGCUCAGGUGCAUCUGGAUGAAGGACAAGAAAGCUUUGGAGGACUCACCACUGUCAGAAAAUCCCACCAACUCACCGAUUCCAUCACAGUGGUAGACAACCGAGGGUUCGGGAAGAUGGAUGAUUAUGAGACCGGGGAGAUUUUUGUUCAGCUCGCCAAUAUUCUGCAGCUGGAUGAAUCAGUGAAAUUUGAAGACAAUACCUUUGAGAACAACGUUGAUAGAGUGACUGGUGCAGAAAUGAAUUGCACAGACCUCAUUGUCCCAUUAUAUGUCUAUAGUGCAGAAUCCAGAUUUGAAGAGCAAAGAGGUGAAGAAAUAAGACAAUUUCUAGAGACUGCAAAGAAAAUGACAGGUAUGGUUCCCAUUGUGGUCCUCACAAAAAAGUAUUCAAGUGGAUACAAAAAUGUAGAGGACAAUUUAAAAUCCAUGGGCAUAGAGUGCAUUAUUGGGGUAGAAAAUUACACUCCUCAAGACUACGUGAGAACCCCAGGGAAGGACAAACAGUUUCUUACAAUCCUACAGAAGGUCUUGGAACUCGUGAAUUUCCAUACAACAAAUGGAAACGUCUAUGAUCCAAAGGAGGAACAUAGAAAACGUCUAAAAAUGUUACUAAUGAUGGCAAAGGAAAGAGAGGUAGCAAAACUCAGCAAGGAUGAAAAGAAAAAUGUAAAAGAAGAGUUAAAGGAUAAGAAUCCCCCUGAAAAAAACUAUUGUUUUGUAUCUUAAGAACAUCCGUGUUUGGUUCACAAGGUUGUGUCAAAAUGUUGUUUGUCCAGGUCUAGUAACCCACAGCAAGCUACCAAAUGUUGUUUUUUUUAUUUGCAAUUUUAAAUUUGACCAGUUAAAUUCAACUGAUGAUGGAUUCCUAGACCUGGUCAAACUCUCCAAACCUGAUGUCAGUUUUUUUUUCAUCCAAUAAAGUUCAUUGAUAUCCUGA